UGGACGUUGAGAUAAAGCCAGGAAUUGGCCUCGGACAAUUCGAGCUUGGCAUGUCUUUGUGGACGGUGCUCGACAUGCUGCGCAAUGAUCCACACUCCUUUCCACAAGUUGAUGUGAAGUAUGAUCCAGACUCACCAAUUAGUCCUGUGAUACUGCAUCUCCGCCCUCAUCUCGACCUCUUAUUCUCGGGCAAGCACCAGCGUUUGCAUACCAUUUGCCUGAAGAAGUUGCAGGAUCCUCAUCCUCCUGCUACUCUGCGAUACAAGAACAUGGUACUAUCAUCCCCUCAAGAAGUCUUAAGAAGGGUGGGUGUCAGCAGGGCGUUUGGGCCCACAUACGCGGGUGAUGAUCUACGUUAUCCUGGUGUAUGGUUCAGCUUUGAGGAGGAUGGGCGUGCCGAUCCUCUGAGACCCACUUCUCCACACCCUGAGGAGAAAAUGCAGGAAGUAAAACGUGUCAUCAUCUCCCAGAAAAGCGCGUCCGAGGAGUCGGAGGACGUUCUCUCCGAGGUCCAAGUGUGUGACGCCAUGUACGGCGACGUCGAGAGUGUCACUGUGAAGGUGCAUGACGGUAUCGCUUUGAAUUUCUACCCUUCCUCUAGUCCGCCGGUACAUGUUCGCAUAGGGAUUACCACGGCGCAAGACCUUACGUGCGAACUGGGGACUCCUAUACGCGUGCAUUAUAGAGAAGAUAACAGGAUGAACAUACAUUCAAAAUCGAAAGAAGAUGACCCAGACGUAGACACUGGGUAUUUUUACAACUAUUUUCAGCAUGGGAUAGAUUUCCUCAUAGGAGGGACUACACAUGUAGUCAAGAAGAUCAUCCUGCACACAAAUCUGCCCGGCACGCCGUUAUUUCAGCGAUACAAGCGCUGUCCAUGGGCGAUAGAAGGACUACCGGAAGAUGACGAGGAUGACACACCACCACGCAAGUGGUUUUACGACCGCUUUGAGGAUAUCAGACAUUUUCUCAGCCCGGGUGAAACCCCGCCUAUAAUGCGCCUGGACCGCACAGACGAGGAAGACGGACUGACCUUGCCAAACUCAGGCACCGAGCUACUGGGCUUCGAUGGUGUUGCACUCGAAGUAGACGAGAGCGCUCAUGUCGUUGCCGUCAUGCUCUUUUAACC